UAUACCACGUUAUUUAAAAAUAACAUUUUGGAAAGGUCUAAGUAACAAAAGCAUGGAUCGGGACUUAAACCUUACCUUAAGAUUCAUUUUCCAUUCCAGGGAUAGCAUUUAGUUUGCUCUUAUGUAGUUACCUUUGCUCCAUACCUGUUAGCAGGUGUGACUGAAGAUGGAAAGUAAAAAUGAUGCAAGUAGCUACUGAGGAAAUUCCCUUCCACUGGCCAUUAUCCUCUUUUUCUUGUAGUAACAUAGACAGUUGCCCUACAAGCUCAGCACUACAUCUAACAUAUAGAAUUCAUUACUGGAGGUGCCAGGGCUUGAGUUCUUGGAGCAGAAUAACAACCAGUUGUCAGGACCUUAGGAAGAAACUUGCUUUUCAGGGUGGGUUAUUCCAGAAUGCCAGCUGCAAUGUCAUUUGUAGUAGCUUGCACUGGAUAUAACUGUUAAUGGACUGCUGGUCUGACUGAUGCAGACUCCUGGGUUACCGUAGUUGCAGUUUAAAUAAAUGUACAACUCUAACAUGAGGUAGAACUUCAAAGGGUUGUUUUAUAGGAAAAUAAUUUCUACAAAUAUUAAAAGUUAUUUCUGCACUUCAUUCUGUCAUUUGUCUGUUGGCCAGCUACCUUCUUUAAUAGAAGCAGAACCUUUGCUCUCUCUUACUAUACUCUGCCUGCCCUCAGGAAGCAUUGGAACGUUGUGGCAAGUCUGUAGUAUGGGAGGCCACAAUGUAACUAUACAUUUUCAUAGCUUUUAUUUUCAGCUUUCCAGUGUUCUCAUUCUGGGUGUGGGAAGAAGAGGGCAUUUCCCCAUAGGAGUGCAUUGCAGUUCUUCAAUGGAAAAAGUGUUAAAAACCAGCUGUGGCACUAUGGAAGCAUGGAGACAAUAUAGUCACCUGUUGAGACUCUCAAGGAACUACUGGGCAAAGUGAUGGCAUUGAAGAGCUUGAACCAGCAUUUGAGCAUGGCGGCAGCUGAAUCUGACAAGGACUCUGGAUAUUCAGAUGGAAGUUCAGAGUGCCUGAGUGCUAUGGAGCAGACUGACUCAGAGGACAUGCUGAAUGCGUCGUGUUGGAAUGUAGAGGAUGGGCCUUGGCAACGCCCAAUGGCCGCAGGCAACCCCUUUCCUGCACUUUCUCCUAUGGUUGUAAUGAAAAAUGUGUUAGUUAAGCAGGGGUGUUCAUCACAGCUCCAGUCUUGGACUGUGCAGCCAUCCUUUGAAGUGAUUCCAGCUCAGCCACAGCUAGUCUUUCUUCGUCCAUCAAUCCCACCUCCCAUAAACCCUCACCCUGUUGGGAAAAAGAGAAAUGACUCCACUAAUUACCUGCCCAUCCUGAAUUCUUUUCCCAAAAUAGCACCACAGCCCUGCAAGAGAGAUCGCUCCUUUGAUCUAGAAGAAUGUCAGGAAACCAGUUGCCCUAAACGACUCUGCACAGAAACACCCAAGAUGGAGAGUUCUCCCGUAUCAAGGAGCACAGGCAUGCCUACUAGUCCUUUUGCCCACCUACCAGUUAGCUUUAAGACCCCUCAGGAGUCUAACCAGCAGAGUUCUUCAACUCUAGUGACAAGUGGAAAACUGUCAGCUCUUCCUGGUUUUCAUCGUGUUUCUAGUGACACUCAGAAACUGCCGGGUUUGACUCCCCUUUUGCCUUUUGGGACUCUGCAGGCAACAAAGUGCACCUCUCCUGAGAGCGAGAGUGCAGCACAGACUACAAUGCAGUCUGCAGUGUGGAGCCCCCCAUUGAUACCAGAAGAGAUUUGCACUACCCCUGAGCUGCUCUUGCAACAGCAAAGCAAAUGCAGACGCUUUCAGAACACACUUGUUGUCCUACGCAGGUCAGGAUUGCUGGAGAUCACUUUAAAAACCAAGGAGCUCAUUCAUCAGAACCAGGUGACUCAGGCUGAGCUGGACCGACUGAAGCAUCAAACACAGCUUUUCAUAGAGGCAAUAAAGAACAAUGCUCCACAGUCAUGGGCAGAGCUAGAAGCAUCUCUAACGGGAUCUGAUAAAGCUGAUGGUAACCUUGCAGAUCCCCCUUAUCCCAAUAUAUAGUAGCUAUUGGUCAAGUUAUUUUUGUGCCUCCUGUUUCCUGUCUCAAGCUUUUACUUGAGCAUUUUCUGAGUCCAGGACUUGCAAAGUGACAUGUCUUGAAUGACUUGUCUUCAGAGCCAGCUGUGGGACUGGAACAGCCUGGUGGGGUCUUGACAAAUGGGUGCUUACUACUAUGGUGUGACCUUGAGCUACAUGCUAACUUCAUGUACUUCCUGGGGCUCUAUCAGCUUGGAUGUGCUUUGCUGGCAUGUUCCCAUUCUUGCCGUAAAGACAGUCAUUUGCAGUAUUUUGCAAGCAAAUAUCUUCCUGGUCCCCUCUUCAGAUAGUCAGUUCUGAGGAUGGAAAAGCACAACAGGCCCCAGUAUUGGACCAUUAUCAGUUGCAAUUAGAUGAAAGGCGUUGGGGAGAGGAGAGGAAACUUAGGCUGGUGGGGUGAUAUUUUUAGGCUGUUGCUGUCCUUUGUUAUAGCAGAGUCUUGUUUUGGGGGGUUUAUUGCAUUUGAAUUAGCAUUCUGUAUUCAUUGCAAUCUUUGGUCAGUGUCAUGAGUGUCUUAAGACCCAAGGGAAAUGAUGUGUUUUGAUGAGUAUACUUUUGAUUCUGGUCUGUACAAUUUGAAUGAGUGAAAGUCACAAGGCUUGCACUGGAAGUGUUUGUUUUGUUCCAAAGCCAUGUUUAUUAAUGGCUCACAAGUGUACAAGGAAAGUGGUUUGGAUUUUCUCAGUGGCUAACAGAUUAAACAUUGUUAUUAAAGACUGCAGUAACUUCUUUUUAGAAUAGCACAAGGAAGAUAUUCACCGGGAUUAAUUCAGCAAGACUAGUUGCAUAUUAUUUGAUAUGUGUAUCCUUAGUUUACAAGCAUAAACUGUUCCUUUUUUUUUCUUUCUUGUGAAAUCAGAUAACUAACUAUUAAAAAAAAAAAAGAGUUGAAAGGAAAAGGAGCAUAAAUGGCCUGUGAUGAAACAAGUCCUUCUCCCAUCCCCUUUCUCUUUUUUUUGUUUAGAGAAAUUAGAUGAAUGUACUGGGGGAUGGGGAUGUCAGGUUGGCUAAUCUCCCAAAAAAAAUUUAUCUACCUUGAAUUUGAACAUAAAAAAACCUCAGCAAUCCCAAACCAAGAACAAAAUCCCAAAACAUUUUUUCUUCUGAGUAGGUUUGUAUCAUUCCUAGCCUGCUUGCCUUGAGAUACAGCUAACACUACUGUCUGCAUAAGGUAUUAGGCCUGACUAGUAGAGAUCCACAGUAGUCAUGUUACAGAAGUUGUUCUACAGACAUUUAUUUUCAGUUUAUCUAGACACUUAACUAUGUCACUCCCUCCAGUCUGAAGGGCUUUUUUCAGAGGCAGUCUGUGUAAAGAACUAAGAAUGACUUCGUCUAAGAACAUUAAGGACUCUGGAUUGUUUAUGGUGUGUUCCUUUCUGUCUGACAACAUUUUCAAAAAGUCAUGCUGACUCGGUGACUGGGUAUUUUGAUGCUUUGAUCACUGCUGUUAUCUCUUUCAGGUUCUUAAAAAAAAGAAACUUGAAAGUGAGGUGGAUGUCUUGCUGAUUUGUGACAAGUCCUUUCCAUUUUCUGAUGCCUCUCGGAAUCGAUAUUGCAGAAGAUUGUGUAGAGUGCUUUUGUAGUCUUCCUCAAAUACAUGCAUUAGAGAAAUUGUAAGGGAAUUCUCUCUUUUAAGGGGUUUUCCUCUUUUUACAUUGAUGGAAAGAAAUGCUGUACAUGCCUCACAAAGAGGAGAAAUCUGAGUCAUAUUUGUACUGUCCAUAGUAAAGUUUUGUCCAUAGGCCUAGAGAGAAAUACUGUGCCAGGAUUCAGCCUAGUGGAGCUAUGCCUUGCCAGGUGUCCUGCCCACCUGCUCAAGACUAGUGCACUAGGUGGGAAUUGAUUGAAAGAAAAGUGUUCACAGACUGUGUUGUCAUGUAUUUUUUUAAAUAUACAUGCUGUAGUUGUGCAUACCAGGAUUUCUCAUAAAUUGCAGCACAGCAAUAGCAAAACUCAGCCAGCAAACCUAGAAGGCAGGAUAAUACAGUGCAAUAAUGUAGGUCAUGUCUGAUGUAGCUUCUUUGGAAUCAGUUGUGAUACCUGCACUGAAUAAUAUUUGGCAGGAUAGAUGUGAUGGUACCUUAGGCCAUUUGUGAAAGAAUCCCAAAAAAUAAGCUUGAUUUUUCUGAGCUUACAGGAAGGAGAGGAAGCAGUAGCAGGGAAUUCUAUUGAUUGGAUACCUGUAUGUGCCUAGAGGUGAGAUGUGAGAAAAUACAUAGGAUAUCUUUCCUACUUUUCCUAAAAUUCUUAUUCUACCCAUCAAAUAGGAGAAUUUGAAGUUCAAAAUAUAUAUAUUUUAGGAAUUGAUUGUCCUAGAAAACAAGAUGAUAGGCUACCUAAAAUGAAAGCAAGUCAGAAAAAAAGUACAGUCUUAGCUGUUUGAGAUAAGAAAAAGUGGGUCUGCUGGUGACGUCCAUCCUAUUUCCACUGUUCUGACAGAGUAAGAGGAAGGAAAUGCUAGCCUUGCAGUGUAAUACUUUUUGACUUAAGGAGACUAUAGCUGAUAGAAAUGUCUCAUAGUCAACACAGAAUCGCAUAUAUUUUUUUGCCUGACAGCACUGAGGGUGGGCUGAUGCGGGUGUGCUUAUAGCUGAUGAGCCUUUCAGCUGGUAUAAUUUGCAUAAAUACCUAUUCAAUAAAUCUGUGACUAGAGUUCAGCAGCUGGUUAGAAAUCUCCUACUGGGCAUCAGUCCAGACUUAAAUAGUAUUUGCUGAACUAGAAAAAUACACUCUGGAACUAUUACAUGUAAAUCUGGAGCCCCUUAGGAACCGUAUCUCUAGAUAACUGCAAAUCUUGACGCAACAUCUAUGAAAAAAGGAUGUUGAAGACCCCUAGUGAUAAGUAAUGUCAUCAAGUACCAUUCUGUUUAGAUUCUCUUAGCUGCCUUUAUUCCUGGAAGCCCUGAUAAACCUUUAAACAAUAAGGGCUUUCCUUUCUUAGCUGCAAUUUAAUAAAAUAGGUUAGCUUGGAACUGUGCUGAGAAAAUUAAUUGACUGCAUCAGGACCAGAACAGGUCUUUAUUCUGGGUAGGAUGAUUUGAGCAGAAACAUUAGCUUCUCUGAUUGGAAACCUGUAAGCAGUGAGCCUACGGAUAAUUUUUUUGACCUUUGAAGCAGCAAAACUUUGCAUUAACAAAUUAGUUGAAGACAGCAGGCCCAGUCUAAAAAAUCAGUCAGAUGGCCUGCUGUGGCUUCGGUUGUUGCUGACACCUAGCAGGCAGGGUAGGUUGAUGGUUCAGACAGACUGCAGUUUUUCUAUUGUUUUAAUAAAUGUUGGUAUUUUUGAUUACUAUGUACUUUUGAAAUUCUACUGCUCUAGUUGGAAUGUAAACAUUUUCUGUAAUUUUGAAGUCUGUUGCCAGCUCUGAAUGCAGUAGCCUACUCUGUUAUAGAACAUGACCUUUUUGCUAAAACUUUACAGAAGCAGACUGUGAAAUAUGAACGAAAUAAAAUCUAUACUUGAAAAGUU